GGCGUUGGCAUUUGUUGUUGGAGUUGCCUUUGUGGUGUAUAUUUCUAUAUUAUUUUCGUUAACCUCAUUUAUGGGCUGUUGCCACUCAUUUUAGAAUACAAACCUUAAGUUUUAUUCAGUUUUAGUUUUGUGGUUAACAUUUUAACAGAAGAAAUGAACAACUCGUGGAGAAACGGUUCAAACAACUCUUCAGGUUUUGUGUAUUUCAAUACAAACAACUCAUGCCAAAAUCUAAAUACCUCGGAUUUCAUGGCUUUUAACGACCCCUACGGUUCUCCAAAGUGCAAUAGGUUUUCUCCUGUCCACUACAGCAGUCCGAGAAAUUUCUAUGGAAGGCCCCCAGGACGUAACAGUUUUAGGUACCAUAACAGUCGAGAAAACAAUUCGUUUAAUAGCUCAAAUAGGAGCUAUAACUCCACCGGCUUUAAUAAUUCUGGAAAAAAAAGUGGGCAUCAACAUGGAAAGAAUAACAACAGUUUUCAAAACAAUGGCGAAAAGAACUUGUCCAAAUAUUAUGACCACACAUGCUUGAAAAAUCCAUGGGCCGAGUUGGAACUAAAGUUAAAGAAAACCCAGGAAUCGGAAGCGAAAGCAGACCCUGUUAUUGUGGAAAAAGAAAACACAGAUGUCGAGGAAAGCUCAAGUUCUGCAGACGAACAAGAAAGUGAGUCGGAAACCAAAACGAGUAGUAGCGAAGUUGAGGAUGGAACGACAUAACAUUAGAUGCAUGUCGGUGAAAGAUAAAAGAGGGCAAUGGCAAUAUUUUAAUAUGUAAUGUGAGGUAUGGUGUUUUAAUAUCACGAAAUAUACAAAUUUUAAAUCGUAGAUUUAAGUAACUGCACAUUGGCGGUUUAUUACAUAUCAACUAGAAAAAUAUAAACGUUAUAACAUUUUUAAAUGUUUUAUCAAAACCGAAGCUUUUUAUAUAGAGUGUCCCAAUUUAUAGGUGUACAGGCCAUUAACAUAGUAGGUAACUGGAAAACAAAUGAACUGGGUUUCUUCAAUUGUUAAAGACUAAUUAAACAAAAGAAAAGCAUAAAUUGCUGAUAUAAAUGCAAUAUUACUCUUUUUUGACAUUAAUUCGGAAUAAAUUAAAUACUUGUUUAAAAAAUAAAAUAAUUGCAAUAAAAGAAAAUAUUUAUAUCACGAAUUUUCAAUUUGUAUAUAAAAUUGAAAAAUUUAUACAUUUUUAUAGAAAAGGAAGGUACAACGAUUUUUUGAAAGUUAUAAAAUGAUGUCGUUUGAUUAAAUUUCAGAAAAAAUUGCUUGUACAAUUUAUUUAUUUAUAUUUUUCAUGUAUCAUGUUAAGGGUAUAUAUACACAUAAAUUGGGGCACCCCCAAAUUGAAAUUAUGGAAACGAUAAAGUAUAAUGUGUUGACAUUUUUGUGCAAUGUGCAGUCCUUAGCCCGUUUUGUAAUAGUUUUAAUGAUUUUAAUUUUCGAUAAAAUUUAUUUGUGCGAUUUAUCAACCCGAGGAUACUAAAACACUUGCCUCACUGAUCUCCCUCUUAAUAUUAACGUAAAUUGAAACAGUACCUGAAUGUUUACGUUAUAAAUAUAUUUUUAAAGUAUCUCAUCAAAUCAUGCCAUAUAAUUUGAUUUUUAGAAAAAUAAUAAGAACAUAAUUCGGGUUUUCUACAAACGUGAACAAAUAAACUAAUAAUAUAUUGUUAUGAUUUAGUUGUUACUAAUAAACUAAGUGUUUAUGGUUGUCCUA